CGGAGUGACUGUGAGUUCGGCUAGCUGCUGAAUUUAACCUUAAUUCUGUUUAAACUACAUUACGUUUCGAAGAAUUACACACUUAACUACUACCAAACAAAUUUCACUUGGUUGUUUUGCUUGUCUUGGAUAUCUUUCGUGUAUUUUUCUAAGCCUUCGAGCAGAACAGUUGGUUAUUUCCGGUAAUCUGUCGGACUGUAAAAGGUCUCGCGCUGAAAAUGGAUCUCCGAAUCCGGCAGUACCUGACGCAAGCGCAGGAUAAAGACGGUACUAAUGAAUAUCCUGCAGCUCUGAGGAGAGCUUAUGCCACAAUUAAAGACGCGAUGUCGGGAAAAGCUGCAUCAGAUCCUCAGUGUUUUCUCCCGGAGCUGUAUGUGCUGUGUGCAGAGCAGGCUCUCGUGCUGGGAUGUAGGGAGAUCACAGAGGACUGCCUAAUGAUGUACUUAGAGAGCAAACCCCCACCUAAUCAGUUUCUAUGCCGCGCAUACUUCUGCCAGGCUCAGCUGAACUCACCACGCACUGUUGCCUCUGUGGAGGACAUGGAUAGAGCUGUUACAUACUAUCUGAAGGCUAUAGAGAUAUCCAAAGACAAGCCAAGAUACCAUUUUCUAGUCUUCAAUGCUUCUGUUCUAUACUUACAAACAGUGCGAGCUUUUCUACGCCCUUGUUGGCGGCGGUACCUGGUAUCCUCUCUCACGCAGGUGCUCAGUGCUCUGGAGGAGGUAGCCGAGCCUGACUACAUUUGGCGUGCUGAACUAAUGAUGCUCCUUGUGAAGUGCCUGGUGGAUGCUGGAAAAAAGAACGAUGCUGCUGAUUUUUCCAAGGUCACCUCUAAAUUUAUCCAGCAGCACACACCCGAGCUGUAUCCUCAAAUUUUCUCCAUACAGGUGCAGCAUGAUCUUAUAGAUGUCUCCAACAUUCUGACAAAAGCAAGACCACAAUUACUUGCCAUCUAUAAACUCCAAAAGCUUAAAAAACUCACUGUGAAUGCAGGCAGAAAAGAGCCAGAUGAACUAAGAGAGAUUUUUGUCCUCUUGACACAUAAAUCCCAGUCCCAAUCAUCUGCUUCUAACAGUCAUAGUAUUGACACUGAUGACAGCCGUUGUAUGACAGUGUCCAGCAGGAUUGAUCUCCUUCUUCAGUUGGCUUUUCUGUCUCUACAUUUUAAAGAGCAGAUCAUAGCAGAGGAAUGUAUAAAGGAACUAAAGAAUAUUGAUGAGACUGCUGUUGGGAAGCACAUCAUGGUGGAGUGUGUUGAGUGUGAACUGGUGCUUAUGAAACAAAACUCCAACAUUGAGGACUACACCAAAAGCAGUGUUGAGACCCAGUUGAGGAUUGUAACCCGUUUAGAAGCAUUGCUCCUCAGGGCAGUGAGAGAAGGAGAUGCUCAGGUGACACAGAGUGUGUGUGCAGCUCUGUGGAACAGCUGUUUACCUCUGCUCCAGCAUAAUCUCCGGAAAAACAUCAAAAGUCCCCUGCUCACACUCUCAAAAGCCCUAGAAGACAUCAAUAGCAUGUUGUUGGACAUGCGGUGUCAGGUCCAUGCUGAGCUGGCUGCAAUAGAGGAGGAAGCGGAGAGGUUAGAGCCUGCAAUACAACAUCUCCACGCAGCCCUUGGCCUGGAUGAGAACGGCCAGUUUCAUCAGCGUCUGUCCUUCUCUCUUCACUGCCUUCAACUGCGCAGCAAACUUUAUAGCACUCCCACACGCCCAGAGGACCAGGCAGCUAUGCUCAUUCAACAGACAAAAGAGCAUCUUGGUAAUGAACCAGCAAAGAAUUGGCGCCCCAUACUGGUUAGUGCUGGUAUUGCUUUGGCACCUGACACUUUCCAGAUGGUCCUGGAUGCAGACAGCACAGCCAAAGGUAGCGGACGACUGGACACUGUGGAGCAACUUGCAGCUAAGGCCAAGCAUUAUAGGACCUGUGUACAAAAAGUUGAAUGUCAUUUUGCCAACCUGGAAAGAGACACAGAUGACAGAGAGAGAAUAAGGUUGUGGGCGUCUCUAGUAAAGGCUGCACGGAAACAGGUGUUGUGGGAUGUGUGCAGGGCAGCUUGCCGCUUUUGUCUGCUUUAUGACGACAAGAGAUGGAAAAUCGAGCGCCAACAGAUGUACAAGGAGGAGAGUGGAGAGCGAGAGCUGCUGCGUCUACUGGCUGAGGUUCACUUUAUCAAUGCUGAGGCAACUAUUCAUAAACUCCGCUCUGAGGGAGUCGAACUAAAUGACUCUCCUGUCCCACCUGUUAAGAGAGGAAUGCUCACCCUUGAUGACCCUCAGUGGACUCUUUAUAGUGACUGGAUUCAAGAGAUGUCGGACUAUGCCACAACUAAUUUACUACGAGGAGCAGAACUCGGUGCAGAGCUACAGGAGCCGUGGCUAGUGGUUAAUGCAGCUGUGUACUUGUGGAACUAUAACAGCCACAUCCUUGCCGCAAAGAGGCAAAACAAGCUGGUAACCACAUUCAGCCAGUUGGUGGAGCUGCUCAGACAGACAGGCCAUGAAAGGGAAGUGGUGCUGCUUGUCCUGUUGUGUGAUGCUGUGGCACAGGGUAUCAUCAAACCUUGGUGUGGGACAUCUGGACAUACUACUCAACAGAGGGAGUAUUUUCAGUCUCAGGCAGACAAGACUAAAACAAGUGGAAAGAAAGGAAUGGAGAAAUCAGGCUCCACUCAUUCCAUUCAACUGGAGGCAGCUGUUGUGCAGGACAUCAAGAAAGCUCUGCAGAUGUGUGACUAUGCACUGCGUCUCUCCAAUGGGAAUGAUGAGACAGUGCCCAUCAUGGUUCGAAAGCAGCUUAUCAGCACAUGGGUAAAUACAAAAAGACUGUUACAACAGCAAAUUGGACAGAACCUCGACAUUGAUGAUGAGUGUAAAAACGAGGCUGUGCGGGCCAUGUCACGUGUACUGGUUGGAGUGGAGAUGAUGCGAUGUAAUACUAACCAUGGACUGAUGGAGUUCUCUGUGCCCAGCCUUACAAUGCUCAUACAAAUGGCAUCUGACUGUAAAUGGUCUGAUCCUGUAGUGGAGCUGUAUGCAUGGUCUCAGCUUGCUCGCUUUGCCCAUCGGAACGCUGAUCACGACCUUGUUAUGACUUGCACCCAGAAUUCACUUCAACUGGAUCAAAAGGCCAAGAAUAAGGCAAAAAUCUCUGUGCUUAACUUGUACAGCAUAAGAAUGGUGCAGGAGAUGCUGAGCACUGCUGCGUGUUUGAGGGGACUGAGCAUGCUUCAUAAGUCCUGUGGGCAUUUUGCCAAAUACACAGAGGCUCUUGCUAUGCUCCAUACUAGCAUCAGCUAUGCCGAGCAGGCAGGUAGCUGGCCUCUCUGUAGGACUGCAGCAAAGCAUUACUGGAACUCAUGCCUUGCACUCAUCAACACUCCUGAGCAGAGACAGCAGCUGCAAAAACCACUAGAGCUUAUUGUGAAGGCUCUAACUCGCACCUAUUCUCAACCAACCGGUGUAAAAAAUAGAAGGCCAAGCGCUCAGAAGCAAAAACAACCAGGCGCACUGGAUUCUAAUACUGAAGAUGACCUGGCAGUGAGAGCAGCUAUGUACAGUUUGAUUUUCCAGGUCCAUGUAGACUGUGGUAGUUUGAGAAAUGGCCUGCAGGUCCUGGAUCUGGCCAUCAGAGAGAUGCCUCACAGCCCUCACCGACUUACUCUCUAUAAGCAGCGGGUGCUGGUGAAGGCUCAGCUAGGGGAGAGCAUUGAGCUAGACAUGCACAUGUUUACAGAGCUUGAAGAGGUGCCCUGUGCUAUGAUGUGGCAUCAUGUUGCUCUAGCUACCAAUGACAUACAGCAGAAAAUGCACUGUUAUCAGAACGCAAUCAACAAAUUGCAGAGUGCUGAAAGUCAGUGGAAGAAAGUGGAUUUACUGCUGGAAUAUGCAGAGUGGCUGUACUGUAAUAAUUUCCCUGUGACAGAUGUGCAGCUGCAGACCCAGUCAGCCAUAGACAUUUUGCUCUCCUCUGGUCUGGACAGCAGUCAGAGUGACAGUAACCGAGGUAAUCCAGAGACCCCUGUGCAGGCAGAUGUAGCUGUACCAGUCAGCGGGCCACAAGCUCCAACGUCUAUGCUGCCUCACACCAAGCUGAAUGAUGUGCACACCCUAGAUAUGCUGGUGCAGGCAUACACACUACUGGCUAUCAUUGAGUCCAGAGUAUCUACCAAGCAUCUGCAGUACUUGGUCGAAGCUUAUCACUGUGUUGUGAAGAUCUGGCAGGUGUCCAUGAAAACAGCUCAGGAAGUCAUCAAAGAUGUGUUAAAGAAUUCUGAUAUUGCACCUCAACCCGUGUUAGCAGACAGCUCUAAAAAAGACAAGGAAAAAGAGAAAGAACACGAGAAAAUCUUUAAGUCUAAAGAGAAGAAGCCCAAGGUCCCAGGUUUGGACGCUUCGUUCCAGUUAAACCCAGAGAAAUGGGCUCAAUUCGAGUGCCCUGAAGAGUUUCGGCAGGCUUUUAAACAUGACCACAGUAUCAGCAUGCAGAACCGGACUUUGUUCUAUCUAGAUCUCCUGGUAAAAGAGCUGGAAUCAGUCUCUCUGACUCUGUUGACCCUACCCCCUUUGCACCUGGCUGAGGUCAUUGCUCACGAUCUCUUGCUUAGCAAGAGCCAUUCUGACCUUUACCGCCUUAGGAUACUGAAGACCUGUUGUGAAUUGGGGCUUGACUCGUCAUCACCCUACAAUGAUGCACUGCUGAGCUUUGCUCAUAUUUCUGAAGAUGAGCAGAUGUUAUGUCGAAAGACAGUUGCUCUGAAAAGGGAAAGAACAGGACCUCAUACAGAGGCUCAAGUCAAUAAGACACAGGAGACAGCACCUCUUCAUAGUGGGUGUGGUGUAUCUGAAGGCAGCAUGUGCAGGAAGAGGCUGAGUGAAUGUACUAUGCAGAACUUGUUAAUGGACAAGGCUGCUGUGUGUAUCAGUAUGGGCUUGUACCAACCUGCUAGAAGACUGUUAGCUGAAGUUCACCUGGUGGCCAAGGAACUUGGAGACAAAACCAUACUGGCAAGGUGUUUUUACCUUUUGGCUGUUCUGGCUAGUCAUGAGCAGCAGCAUGGCCAGGCUCUUGCUUUAGUGGAGCAGGCUCAGGAGAUUGGUGGGGAUGAGGACUUCUGGUAUAACCUCAUUCUAAGCCUCUUGAACACCACCGUACAGAUUGAUGGAGACAAUAUUUACACACAGGUGUGUAAGAUCACAGACACAGCUAUUGGACUCUUUAGGUCUGCUCUGGAGCAAAAACCAAAUCGGGCUUCAGUCCUCAACUUCUACAUUGCCUCACUGCAGGCUAGAGGUGCUGUUCUUUGUCGGCAAUCCCUGAGGGUCACUUGUCCUGGUCAUAGUGUUAGUGCUGACACAGUGAAGAAGCUGAAUGCAGUGUGUGACACUCUGGAAAAAAGUGCUGCAGCUUUACGUCAGCAUGGCUACAAGAACCAAGCUGCAGAGACCAUCCUAGAGCAGGCACACACUCUGAGAAUGCUGGCCAUGGUCACUUCCAUAAAAGAAGAGAAACAGCAGCACUUGCUUGAUGCGCUCUCGCUCAUACAGCAGGCUGUAGCUCUUCAAGAGGAAGUACUUUCUGAUUGCCUCAGACUUAUUCCAACUCAAGAGGGAGGGUGGCGUAGGCUGCCUGCCAUGCGUGUGUCUGUGCGUUUUAGGCUAGCUCUAGCUGACCUUGGUUUGUUGAUGCUGGAAAUGUUUUGUGAGGAGGAGAAGGUCAAAGCCACAAUUCAGAUCAGGAUGAGUUCAACUGAGCGAGCUGUGGAUAGCUAUUUGAAGAGCAGCCCUGAACUUAAUGCAUUACAGAGGGAAUGGCUUACCAUGGGUCAGUCUGUUGGUCAGCUGACCUUUACCCAGCUGUCUGUAGUCCAGUCUCUCAUUAAGGACUGUGUUGAAACCAGAAUGCAGACGCUUGGCAUGCUGGGAAAGUGCUUGAGGCUGUUAGCACUACAGAGAGAUCCACUAUACCCCAAUUCUAUGUGGGACAAAUCAUUCAUGGUAAACAUAGCAGGGGGAAAGGAAACUGAGUGUAAGGAUAAGGAUGAAAAUGUGGAAAGCAGCAGCCUAGUGGAGGGGAGCAUAUCACAGAGUGACAACACUAUUAAAAUGAACAACAAAAGGGCAGUGCAGCAGAUGUUGGUGCAGGCCAGUGAUACAUUAACUGAGGCUUUGAGUCUUGGGCUACAGCAAAGCCUGCCUGAGCUGCUCUCAUAUGUCUGCGAGGAGAUGCUUGAGUCACACAGCCAGAACGACACAGCUGCCUUAGGCCAAUACCUUGCAUUGCUACAGAGCUGUGUGUGCUGUACUGAGAUGUCCAGAGUGUUAGAUGCUGCCUGUUGGGACAGCAGUCAAUCUCAGGUGGCUGCUCUUCUGGGUCUACAGAAAAGCCUGAAGUUCUCACAACACAGCCACAGCAGACUGCUUUCAGCCACUGACCACUCACUUAAAACACUUUCCAAGGCCUACCAGCACGUGAAUAUAAACCCUAAGCACCUGAGCUUACUAGGAGAACUGCCAUCCAAUCUCAAAAUCCUGCUGUUGCAGCAUUCUAAAGAUGGUUCAGUGCUCUAUGGGGCUUUUUAUGAAAAGGCACAAUCCACUGAGAGUCAUAAAUUUAAAAGUAUGCAGAUUGCAGGUGGAUUAGUGUGCUCCAAAGUGACCAAGGCUCAGGUGCAGCCUACAGGCUUGCUCCAGCUUCGGCAUCAAACCCAAGCCUUCCGACAGCUUGCUGCACAAACCAUAAUCAAAGAGUCUUGCCGACUAAGGAAUGCUGUGCAGACCAAGGAUUGCAUACAGCUGAAAAAGAACACUGACCAAGAGUUAAGGGAGCAUUUUCAAGGUGUAGUUAAAGGAAUGGAGGAUUAUCUGCAUCCUCUCCUUUCUCAGUUUGACUUCUCAUGUUUCAGCAGGUGCCCUCGAUCGACAGUCACUGAUGAGGCAACCCAGCCCAAAGAUAAAGAAGAGCGAGAGGCUACAGAUAAUGCUUUGCCUGAGCAUGGCGAGUGUGUGGUGGUGUUAGCAGACACCAUGUUGCUGGAGUUGCCGUUAGAAGCUCUCAGGGUUCUGCGCGGAAGUGGAAUCAGCUCCAUCUCACGGGAUUUCUCCUUACAGGUCUUUCACUCACGUCUCCACAGAGAUGAGCAAGUUGAAAGUGACAGCAAAACGGAGAGAAAAAGUGCAAAGACAGCUAAAGGAAAAGGAGAUCAAAGCAAAGCCAUCAAAGUGGCACCAGUGAGCCGAGUCUUACCUGCAGACACUCUUUCAGUAGAUUCACGCAAGUUCAAAUAUUUUGUUGAUCCACACAGUGAUGGGGUAGAUAACAGGAGUAGUCCAGCAGAGACCAUGAGAAAGAUUCUAGACAUGUACUCACAACAGUUCACAGCUCAAUGGGAAGGAGUCGUGGGAAGUAAGCAGCCCUGCAGGUCUCAAGAUUUGGAGCAUCUGCUGACAAAUUGCAGUUGUUUUAUCUACUGCGGUGAAGAUCGCUUUCUCAACCACAUCUCUCCUGACAGAUUUGCCAACCUCAAUCUCAGUGAAUGCGAGUUGGCUGUAAUCUUUGACCCAGUUCAUAACAGUCAAAGUAUGUGGCUUCAGUCUCACUGGGAUAUUCAGAAGUGUAAGGCCCACCUUGCUCUGGAGUCACCUGUAGAGUGUGCGUAUCUGCUUACCCUCAGUGGAGUUCACUCAAUAAUGCUCAACCAGUGGUCCAACAUCACCAGGGCUAAUGCACACAACAUGGAAACUAUCAUGGAACAUCUUCUGCAAACAGGACUGACAUCUGGUCAAGCUGUCCAUACUCUGCGUAAGAAAGCAUCUUUGGCCCAGAAAGAGCCUGAUUAUGCACUGGAGGCGGACGAUGAACCAGGAUGGAUUUCACCCUCUGCUAUGAACUUCAUCAUUUAUGGAUUGCCUAAUUUAAUUGUUACCUAAAAGCAUAAAAUAUACUUAUGCCUAGAAACAUAUACUACUACAAAGAAUAGUUAAAAAGAUAGAUGUAGAUUGUUUAGCUAUUACUAUGUUUAAUGUAAUCUACAUUCCGCUGUUUGUUUUUUGAAACCUAAUUAAAGUGCCUUUACAGUAGUCUUUGGCCCAGAGCUCCACACAUUGGGGAAGAAAAAGGUUUUUUUUCAAGGUUAUGUCCUGUUCAAUGGGUUUUAGAAAAUGUAGGAUUUUAAGUAAGUUUAAAUACAGACUUACUUUUUUUGAGAGAGAGCAGUUUCUUGCUGUUGUCUGGAAUCAUGUGGGUUCUAAUGUUACCCAUCAAUUAGUCAUUGUGUAAUCUUUAAUUAGAUAAAAAAAUUAAUUUUACCUGCUCACACAAUAAUGAUCAAUAACAUGAAUUCAAAGAAAUAACUUUAAAGAACACCUUUUAUGGAAGGGCCCAGUUAGAGCCCAGAUCAGAAUCUUAUUAAAAAGGAGAUUUAUUCCUUGUAACUUUAUAGUUCUGGAGCAUUGUGCAAAGAGGAAUAAAAUUGGCAAAUCAUAAAAUGCAAA